CGAAGCUCUCUUGUAUAUAUAUAUGGAUCCCAACUUGACAAUGGUCUCAACGUUGUCCCAAUCACCUGAUCAGAAGAGGGUCAUGAUCAUAGAUAGCUGAACAAGAUCCAUAUCAUGUCGGGUCAUCCUGACUCUCAAGCUCAUCCGUCGUCAAGCUACGGACCUGGCUCAAGUUCCACUCGAGAGCUCCCUGAAUCCUCGUCGGAUACCGGACGAGAUGACGAAGGGUCACCUUACGACAAUCCGAUCAACUUGUUGAGCGUGUAUCCAUUCGCAACGUAUCAACCUAUAGCAAGGACUGCCGAGCAUAUCUCACCUCAUACCGUUCUCUACCAGCCUCAAUCCACCUCAUCCGACCUGUAUCCUCACCAUGCGGACUAUUUCCAUCGUAUAGAUCAUCCUUCUACGCCUGAAGACCGGGCGCUGAGAAAAGCUACGGAAGAUAGAGUCAGGGAGAUGAUGGACUCGCAAUCUAGUUACACCAGCUCGUACCUACCCACUCCGAGUCCCACAUUAGAACCCUCUUCCUACCUCCCAUAUCCGACCACUGCUCCACCUCACCCUAUGCCAUACAGCUUUAUCGGCUCAUACCUCCCUUCUCCCGCCAGUACGGUCCUUCAAUCACCUACUCCCGAACGACCGACAACUCCUCCCGUCGAGUUCCUCGAUAAUUUCAUCAAGAAUACUUUGAUUCAAGCUGACGAGAGAGAGGCAAAAGCGGAAACGGCUCGACUUGAGGCCCAAGCUGUCAAGGAGGCCAAGGAACUAGCAGCGAGGAUGAAGCGCAACUCCAGCUCGGCUUCGGCGUCAUCUACUAAUCUCGCGAAUGGUGUAACCGCGAAAGCGUUGACUCGAGACACUGAACCGUCUGGCUCAAAUUCGAAGCAGCCCAUGACUCCCUCUCACCGACACCGCGAAAGCUCGAUCACUUCACACACCUCUACACCACAUCUUUCACGAGCCAUGUCUCGGGCUGAUCUGGCUCAAGAAUCCCCUGACCCACUGUCGAUGCACGAACCGUCCCCUCCGAAGCGCAUGCGAUCCUACUCUCGAGAGGAAUCUCCUACUAUGCGUCAUUCUCAACCUUUUUCUGGGAACGGUCAUGGUAGUCAGAGCAGAUUUGAAGUGGUUCUUUCGACUCGGAGACCCGUCUCUGAUUCGUCAGUCCUGGCUAAGGAUGAGGAUGACGAUUCUGGUUCAGAGCUUGACUGGGGUGAGGAUCCGCGGCGAGACGCAGAUGGCGAUUGGGCGAUGGGUAAUGAAGGAAGAUCGCGAGCUUCUUCCUCGCAUGCUCUUGAGACGUAUGGCGGAGUACCGCCUGGCAGUGCAAAAACAGGCGAAAGGGAUAAGAGGAACCACCAUGAGAGAUUGCAAAACCUCCUCGAUGAUAUCCUCAACGAGUCGGACGGUUUUCCGGCGGACCCUACAAGAGAAGACUUGGCAUCCGCUAGGUUCUUCACGAGGCUCGGAAGAGACGGUUGUGGACCCCUCUUAUCCGACAGUAGCGUUCAGCAACUGUCUCGAUACGUCGUCAGAGUCCAAUCGACAAAGAAAAAUACUCAAGGGACGGCUCUCAAAUCAGAAUUGGACGUCGAAUCCAUCGGUAGGAUCCUGCGAUUGCUCGACAGGAGUAUGCGGGCUGGACAAGGCCUCGUCACGUUUCCGAGCGACACCAAGGUGAACAUCGCCAGGGUCAAGCCUGUCAAGAGCUCUCGAAAGAAGAAGAGCGGUUCCAACUCAAGGUCACCAGAAGCAGAUGUCGACAUGCCUGUGGAAUCUGUUGAGGAGAUGACGGAUAAGGAGAUGCAGGAUGCAGAUGCUAAGCUACUUACGGUCCAGUCUGCGGGCAUUGCAGCGGCUUGCUGUGUGACCGUCUUGGACACUGAUGGAUUGCCCAAACAUCUGCUCUCUGAAGAGGUCUUAUCGGUAUCAGUCGGCAUUAUUCGUCAACUCUUGGACACUGUGCUGAUACCUGCCGUCGAGGCACUGGCGGGAGAGAGGAUCUCUUCUCGAUUUCUAACCCGCGUCAUCUCGAACGAAUGUGUGUCUCGCACGAAGAAGGGCGCUGGCGGCAUGUUCGUACACCCUCACCUCUCCUCAAUCGCUCAAUCCUGUUGUAUCGCCAUCCCUCGCUUGACAUCGCUCGUAUCCCGCACGGACAUAUCCUUUGACGAGCAACUGGUCAUUGGAUCCGUCUAUCUAUCUACCGCAGCUUUGUUCGCACCAGAUCAAUUGCCUAAGAAGGGCAAAUCUAAAGAUGGCGACAGUGGAAGGAUGGCAAUCUUUAGAACAUUGGUCACUGAGUCCUUGAGCUGCUUACGCGCGACGUUCGCACGAUAUGAGGCACAUCGUCAGUGGAUCCUUGAGGAGAUCCUCACGAAUAUGGUGAAGAAUGGAGGUGGAAAUGCGUCUCAGGCGAGAUUCAGGCUCGCCGAUGGAGGUUCCAUAUCCACAAUCAGUGCCCUCUUGUUGCAACUUGUUCAGGCCUCAGCUUUUGGGGCUGGCAUUCGCGUGAGCAAGUUGCGCUCAAAAGGUCAAUCGUUGGAGAGUCUGUCCCAGUCGGUACCCAUGGUCAGAGAAGAUACUUCUGAUGAAGAGCAACAGAUCUGUACGGGAGAGAUUGAGUCCGCCAUGAAGUCGUCACAUACAGUUCUCACGUAUCUUGUCCAGCGCGCUGCCAAAGCCUCCAAGGGCAAUCAUGAUACUGAUUACAAGGCCAUUCUCGAUGUGUUUGUUGCGGAUCUCCUAUCGGUCUUGUAUCGGCCCGAAUGGCCAGCCGCGGCCUUGUUCCUCAUCGUCGUAUCGAAGACAAUGGUCACCCCUUUGCAUAAUUCGCAGACGGGGAAUGAGCCGACUCAUGCCAAGAUGGUUGCUCUGGACUAUCUUGGUGACAUUGCGGCCAAGCUGAAAGGGUUUCAAAUGCAGAUGGAAAAGCAUGCAGUCAAGUCUUUCGACGAGAUCAUCUCCACUUCGAAUAUAGAAGAAGCUGAACGACUGACUGAAGCGCACGCGAAUGUUCUUGCUUUUUUGUCCGGAUCUGCCAAGGAAGAUAGCAUGUACCAGUCAUCGCUCGACCUUGAGUCCAUAGUUGCUGCUCAGGAGCACUAUCUCGCGAUUGUCAAGAUUAGAUCAAUCGUUGAGAAACUCGACACUGAGAAAAGCGACGAAGCGGCUGAAGAGAAGGCUCGUCUCGAGUCGAUCGCUGAGACGUUCGCCGCAUCAUUGGAUAGGAUCUGGUCCGGAGAAGAUAAUGUAUUUGCCUCGAACACCUCGGUCAGCUUGGAGUCAGCUAGAAGUGCUGUCAUUGGCCUAGCCAAAGGUCGCGCUCUGCAGGGGGCGUUUGACCGAAUUCUGGACGCCCUUGUCCUGUCCAUGGGCAGUACAGUCAUCGGCGUGAGGGGUAAAGCUUUGCGCGGCCUAAGUGGAAUCGUGGGUAUCGACCCUACCUUACUGAGUCAUUCGACUGUACGACGAGCUAUCGAAUCGAGGCUGGAAGACCCGGCAUCAUCUGUCAGAGACGCCGCCGUGGAGCUCAUUGGCAAAUAUGUUGUCCGAAACCCCAGCGUAGCAGCGCAAUACUAUCCCCCGCUCGUGGGCAGAGUGUACGAUACCGGUCUGGGAGUUCGGAAAAGAGUCAUCAAGCUCCUCAAGGACAUGUUUGCGAAUAGAGAUCGGGGAAUGCAAGUUGAUAUAUGUACCAAGAUGAUUGGCCUGGUAGAAGAUAUGGACGAGAGCGUCAAGGAUCUCACGGUCAAGACUUUGAGCGAGCUGCUGUAUCCUGAGGGCAUAUCAAAUUAUCGCGAACCGGCAACACUCCUUGUUGAGAUCUGCGAUGUGUAUAAUGGAGCUUGGGAGACCAUUGAGAAGGCUAUCAGAGAGAUAUCCAAAUCGGCCAAGACUGAGAAGCCAUCUCGUUACGACCAGACUGUCAAAGCGCUCAUCGAUGAUCUCAUUGACAAUACCGAGGAGACGGAAUUUGAUCCGCUGAAUCAUAUCCGGGCGAUCUACCUUCUGUGUACAGCCGAGCACGAUCUGGUUGAUCCGAAUCGCGCGGAGAAGCUCUUGUCUUACAUUCGAUUCCCGCCGGGCAGUGAUGAGCAGCUCACCAACGGACUCAUCUUGCGUAUCUUCACCAAAUGCAUUCCGCGGAUGCCCAAAGCAGCUUCGACCUUUGCGGCAGAUUUGAAUCGAGCUUUAUUGCCGAUGAUCAAUAGACCUGGCAAAUAUGACCACCUUCGAGAAACGAUGGAGUGCUUCUGCUCUGUGGUCAAUCACCUGACUUUAGACUAUACCAACGCCAUCAAGAUCCUUCGGCAGUGCGAGGGCAAGCUGCGUGCGGCUCGAAACAGCUACCACAAUGGUGGCAAUGCUGAUUGGCUAUCGAGCGAUGCCGCAGCUGUCUGCAUGUUUAUCUGUUCGCUGAUCACCGAAUUUUGUGAUCUCGACGAGGUGGCCAAAAGUCAGUCGACGAUUCAAAGUGGUCUGGCAACUAUCACCGACAUGCCGAUAAGGGAGUACUUUUUCGAUGCAUUCUUGGAGUAUUCCAAGAUGCCCAUUGCGCAAAAGGCCCCACCGAUUUGUCUCGGCAACAUUUUCAAAGCCAGUCCACUGCUCAUCCUGCGACCUGAAUCAAGCGAUUGGAUGCAAAAGGUUUUUGCGUCGUCUGAUUACGAACUUCAUUGCCGACUCUUGACGAAUAUCAAAGAGUUCCUGGUUUCGGAGAGCGAGAGAAAAGCGACAGGAAAACGAGAGACGGAUCUGACUGCGUUGAUAGGACAUGCAGAGUCGUCUGACUCGGGACUCUCGACGGCUGUUGUUCAAAGGAACAUCGAGUCGAUUCUGCGUGGUGCCAGAUCUCAACAUGCAGCCACGCAGAACGCUGCAAUGGAUAUUCUGGCGUUCACGGUACAUCAGGGUCUGUACCAUCCUCUUCAGUGCAUGCCGAUCUUGAUCUCGCUCGAGACGAGUGAUAAUGAACUCGUGGCUGAUCGAGCACUGCAAUUGCACCAGCACCUACAUACCAAACACCCAACUUUGGUCAAUGUUCGAUUUUUGGAGUGUGCGAGGGCUUCCUUUGACUAUCAGCGCGGUCUGACUGCGGAAGUGUCUGGCCAGCGCAAUGGCGCCGCCCUGCUCGCUUCGUGGUACUCGCUUCUUGGGGAGAAGCGGACAUGGAAGACGGACUUUCUACGUCAGAUCUGCCGUGCAUUCGACUAUGAUGUUUCGGCAAAGGGCAAGGACAAGAUCGAUGAUGGGUUUGCACUGUACAUCGCUGAGAAUCUCGCUGCAUUCGAGUACAAGCUUCAGGAAGAAGUCAUGACGACUGUCCAUCUUCUCAGCGCUGUCAUCUCGGCGUCACCGCAUCUCGUUGGCGUGCUUGAGUCGGCAACCUUGGAUGAUGAUUCCGGAGAAACCUUAGACGACAAGGUCCUCUCUUCGAGGGAGGGAGAGGAUUCAGAAUCGUUUUCUGCCGCUGCUGUCAUCCAAGCCAGUAUCAUCGUCGGCUUGGCAGUCAUCACAAAGAAUCACUUGCUCAACCUCUAUGGUAUUCCUGAAGACAAGUGUGUCAAAUACCAACUUGGCAAGAAGAGUGCUAUCGGUGACAAACCGGCGCUACCACGCAAAGAUGAUCGAGUGGGAAUGAACUUUGACCGUAUGCCGCUUGUCCGAGGGGUCCAUACCAUUACAGAGUUCCACGAACAGAGAAACGCGUUUUUACAGCUUUUACUUGAAGAUGGGACAUUGGAUGAGAUGGAUCGAGAGUCUGCUUAGGAGCAGAAUUUGCACUGUAUAGUAGUAGGUAUAAGUUGUAUAUAUAUACCAACAUACCAUGAGUCACGAGUCAUGACCAGGUCGAUUCAGCCGAGGUCACUAUGCAUAAGUCUGUUGCCCUAGCCCCGUCGCCGUAGCCGUUGUUGUCGUCGUCGCCGCCGUCGUUAUCAGCCUAUGAUCUAUUUC